AUGGGCUUGCCAAACCAGCCACUACUUCUGUAUUUCUCACAAGUAAUUAAACACAUUGAGAAGGACCUGAAAGCUACGAUAAAUAAAAUACGGCCUCUUUCCUCCCAUGCCGAUAGCAUUCAGGAAAACGUGGUGAACAUUCCUAAAACCCACUGGGCUUUCUGUAAGAAGUGUGGCAAGCACCAACCCCACAAAAUGGCACAAUACCUGGACUCCCUGUAUGCCCAGGGAAAGCGGCGUUAUGACAAGAAGCAGAGUGACUAUGGUGGGCAGACUAAGCCAAUUUUCUGGAAAAUGGCUAAAACUACAAAGGAGGUUGUGCUGAGGCUUGAGUGUGCUGAUCCCAUCUGCAGAUCUAAGAAAAUGCUGGCUGUUAAGACAUGCAAACAUUUUCAACUGGGAGGAGAUAACAAAAGAAAGGGCCAAGUGAUCCAGUUCUAAGCGUCAUCUUUUGUUUUAUUAUGAGGACAAUAAAAUCUUGAGGUUAUGUCCAAAAAACAAAACAAAAUAAAAAGAAAUAAAAUACAGUGCUUGCUUCUUCACUGCAUCAAAUCCCCUAGCAAUGCAAAGUCAUUUUGCAUAUGAUCUAUUAUUCGCUAGAAGGAACAGCUGGCUUUGCGAUUCACUGUUUGUUAAAACAUUAGUUUAAUAUAGCAUAUUUGACUAAUGAGAAUGUGUCAGUGUGCUGCUAUCCUUGAAAGCAGGAAAAGGAAGUCUUGGCAGUGCUACUGUAGGUUACAAACACUGGUAAUACGCAAGGAAUUAAUCAACGAACCCAUACCAAGCAUAUGCUGAGCCUGCACUAUAUUAAAGGAUACAAGACACUUAUAAAACUGUGAAAUGCAGACUUCCACCCUGCAGGACCUUUGAGCUCUUUUCCUUUCGUGCCUCUGUGACACACUGAGAGUCUAGUCCAGGGUCACCCAGUGAAUUAAGUAGCUGAGGCAGGGCCAAAACCCAGAUCCCCAGACUCCUGGGCCAAUGCCCUUUCAACCUCACCACAAUGGUUCUUUAUUCCAAGUGAUUAAGACACACCGAGAAAGAUCAUAGUCAUCAGAGCGGGAUUGGUUAAGGGCUUAACAGGGAGGCGCUGACUGCCUAGGCUGACAAGGGUGAAUCACCACCAGAGGUUCCAGCCGAGAAGCAAGGGGGAAGGCCUGGGGAGAGGGGAAGAGGAAUAAUGCCCCAGGGUGGCAGGAGAACAAGAGUACAGGCUGGAAAAUGAGCCAUGUCCAGUGGGGUGCCCUGUGGGGAACCUAAAAUAUAAGUCUCUGAAUGGUGCAAAGUGAAGCUUGCCUAUGGAAAUAUUGGGGAACCUAUGAGCCAAAAUGAUUGGGACUCAGUAUUUAUAUUUAUCUAUUCACCAAAACAUUUGCUCUGGAGGCAGAAUUUUCUUACUGAAAACAACUACUCUGACUUUAGUGUACUUAUUGUUUUGAAUGAAAAUAAAAAAUAAAGCCUACAUGCUGUAUGAGUCAAUUUCACCUCUACUCACUCCUCAUCACUGUGUAAAAUUCAUAAAUCCAUUAAAAACAGAACCACUACUCCUUUUCUGGCAGAAAUCUCUAAAGAACAUGAAAAUGGCAGUUUGCACCACUCUUUCCAACACUUCAACCCCACCCAGCUGGCCAACUGGUUUCAACUCGCCAACAAGAAAAAAAAAAAAAAUCAGCAAAUUCAAUCUGUUGAUGAGUACAUCUACACAUCAGUGCCUUCCAUUCCCAGGGAGGGCAGGGUCACUAGACAACAUAUUAAAAUGACCCUUUAUCAGAGAACGUUUUUCUGUUUAAGGAAAUAAACUGGAGGUACAGGGAGACUUACUGAUAAGAGCCAUACCCACCUCAAACCGGUUUAAAAUCAUUCACCACUUGGGUAGGAAAACAGGUCACUUGGCCCCACCCUAAUGAAAAGAACAGUUUCUUCUGCCUUGAAAAGGCUGAUAAAUGAGACUGUGAAUGCCUGGCUAAAAAAGCUCGCAGUGCGAGGCUGAUCAUUAAUGACAUCUGUGCAGUUAUUGAGAAACAAGUCAUUUACAUUUAACAUAAGGACUAUAUUAUUUAGGUUGGUGCAAAAAUAAGUGCCAUUACUUUUAAUGGCAAAAACCACAAUUAACUUUUGUACCAACCUAAUAAUUCAAGGGUUUGUCCUUUAAAAAAAAAAAAAAAAACUCUAUAGAUUUCAUUGUAUUUUAUUGCUUCACUACAAAAGUGCAGUUACAAACAAAAAAAGGACAAGUGAAGCAGUUUUAACUUCACUCCCAAAAAGAAGAGCAAAAGUUUACAAAAAGGUUAAAACAAACAAAUAAAAGAAAACUUAAAAGUCAACACUUCAAAUAGUAAAAACACAUUCUACUGAACUGAAUUAAGAACCAGUUCCAAAAAGCCCAAAUGUUAAUCUGAACAAACAAAAACAUACUGCAACAGGGCUGGUCUGCACAGGCAAAUCUGAGUCUAAUCCAGAAGUUUUGUAGACCCACCCACUUCACAGUUUAAACGUGGAGUGUUGAUGCGUUACCACAAAACAGAUUCUUAGCAACCAUGAUGAAUCAAUCAGGGACUGAUGAUUCAAAUGAAGAUUUUAAAGCAAAAAUGGGUAGGGGUGGGAGUGUGGAGAAUUGGGUUUCUCCAUCAAAGCUCUUACUGUACACAGUCCUGGGCACACAGUCUACAGGCCACACUGGAAUUUCAAACUAAAAAAAAAAAAAAAAAAAAAAAA